AUGUCGCCGACCGGCCUCCUGCGCGGCAAGACCGCCAUCAUCACCGGCGGCACGACGGGCAUCGGGCGGGCCAUCGCGCUCGAGUACCUGCGGCAGGGCUGCAACGUGGUGGUGAACCACCUGGGGCUGGCGCGGGACGCGGGGCACCUGGCGUCGCUGGAGCGGGAGGCGGGGGCGCUGGCAGAGGCUGCCGCGGCCGCCGGCGACGUCGGCGUGCUCGACCACCUCGCGGGCGACGUGUCCGACCCGGCGACGGGGCCGGCGCUCGUGCGGCACGCCGUCGCGCGCUUCGGCCGGCUCGACGUGUGCGUGAGCAACGCGGGCAUCUGCGAGUUCGCCGAGUUCCUGACGCUGGGGGGCGACCUGUGGGCGCGGACCGUGCGCACGAACCUGGACGGCGCGUUCUACGUGGUGCAGGCGGCGGCGCAGCAGAUGGCGGCGCAGGCGCCGGCGCCGGCGGCCGAGGGGGGCGGCCGCGGCGCCAUCAUCGGCGUCAGCUCCAUCUCCGCGCUCGUCGGCGGCGGCCGCCAGGCCCACUACACGCCCACCAAGGCCGGCGUGCUGUCGCUCAUGCAGAGCUGCGCCGUCGCCCUCGGCCCCCACGCCAUCCGCUGCAACGCCCUCCUCCCCGGCACCGUCCGCACCCAGCUCAACGACGCCGACCUCGCCGACCCCGCCAAGCGCGCCUACAUGGAGGGCCGCAUCCCCCUCGGCCGCACCGGCGACCCCCGCGACCUCGCCGGCCCCGCCGUCUUCCUUGCCUCCGACUACCUCAGCGGCUACGUCACCGGCGCCCAGCUGCUCGUCGACGGCGGCCUCUUCGUCAACUUGCAGUGAAUACCGCCCUGCCUGGCCAUAUAUUCUCAGGAACCCCUCCUCCUCCUCCUCCUCCUCCUCCUCCUCCUUGUUUUGCCACUGCCCUUCCGCUUCGCCCGUCUACCGGUCUCUAUCGGCUGGCCUCUGGACAGCACCUAGGAAGUCAUUUUUUUUUCUCACGCGGCGAGGUCGACGGGACGGGGCAGCACGAGGAGAUUAGAAAGCUGGGAGGGAGGGAACCUGCCAAUCCCGCCAUCCGCAACCAGUUUCUCCCCGAGUGGCGAGCACGGAGUCGGGAAGCAGAUAGGGGAAGGAUAGAUAGGAUCGACGGCCGGCCGCACAGACGGGGGUGGGUUGGCGAUCGAGUAAUAUUGACAUGGCAAUGAGGCACAGCUUACAUACCCUCCCCCUCCUGCUAUCUCGCUAGCAGGCUGCUGGGUCCCUCUACCUGCCACCACGCCCGUGCUUAAGGAUAGGGUGGCUGGGUGGGAUUGACUCGUAUUGUAUGAUGCUGCUCUCGGUCAUCAGUGUAACGAUAGCUUUAUCUGGUCAACCCGUGUCUACGUGUGGUCGCCCGAGCGUGCCUUGCCGCUAGUUCGACUUGUAUAAUCGGUACCAUCAAGAAUAGAACCAAAUACUUUAUGCGAUCUUGUUACGCAU